CUCUAUUUUUCCCGUUGGUUCUACUCUACAGCAUUUCGAUCACUCUGGCCAAUCCACUCUCGCAACAAUCGAAACUAUGUUGUGGCAACCCUGUCAACAAUAUUUGUACAGGAGUGCCGGGGUGUCGGAUUAUGGAGGAUUUUUUCGACUAUGUAGGCUCGAUAUCCAGCAGAUCGACCACUUCUCAUCGAUUCUACAAAAGUCGAUCAUUUAUUUUUAUUUGUUCACACCCUCUACGACAGAGCAGAAAGAUACAGGAAAAAUAAAUAUGAAUGCUGCGGGUAGCUCAGGAGUUCAAUCAGGAUUGCUAGUUCGUGAUGAAUAUGGAUAUUAUGUAAUUCCACCAGAAUCGCCUCCAGCAGAAUCAAUUCCUUCAGAAUCAAUUCCUUCAGAAUCAAUUCCUCCUGAAUUAAUUCCCUCAGAAGUAAUUCCUCCAGAAUUCAUUCCUUCAGAACCUAUUUCUUCAGAAUUACCACUUCCAGAACCAGCUACUCCACAAUCAUCAAUAUCACAACGUCGCAGUUCCGUGAGAAGACAAAAACGUAAAAAAUUCGACGAUGAAGUAGUGGAAACAACUUUUCUUCACCCAUCAGCACCAAGGACACUCAGAUCGAAUUCAACGACGAGAAGUAAAUUAGAAUCGAGUGGAUUUGAUGAUUCCACUCUUUCCUCAGGCAUCAUUCAUGAUUCUAAAACGAUACCAGUGGGUCAAUCAAAAAGAAUUCAAACACCCAGACUGACGACACCGUCUAAUAUUUCCAAUGGAGCUGGAUGGAGGAGUGUCUGCGUAAAAAACAAAAGCCAUUCUCAAUUUAAUAAUUCACUCAAAGGCCUGGGCAGAUGGAAGCCCACAGAUGAUCUAGCCCUGAUUAUUGGCGUUCAGCAGACAAAUGAUCUCAAGAUUGUGCACAGAGGCACUAAAUUUUCUUGUCAUUUUACUUUACAAGAGGUUCAGCACAGGUGGCACGCUCUUCUCUAUGACAGUGAUGUUUCGAAACUUGCAGUUCAGGCAAUGAAGAAUUUACAUCCUGCGGUGAUUGCUAAUGUGCAAUCAAGAGCAUUGUUCAGUAGAGAUGAGGAAUUUCUCCUGGAGGCGGUUAAAUCAACACCCGAACCAACACUGGACAUAUUUCAAAGGCUUUUAGAGACGAGUCCACAUAUAUUUCAUCCAAUGAGAACAGCGAAAACUCUGAUGUACCACUGGCAAUUGAUGAAGCAUUAUCAGUUACUUCCAGACCAGAGUGUGCAGCCUCUACCAUAUUUUUAUGACGCUGUGAGCUUUUCAGAUGCUGAAGAUAUGAUGAAUGAUAAAGAAUUGGGCGAUCCGAAGGAUGAAAUGGUCGAUACUGAAAUGGCAAUUGCAAACAGACAUGAUAAAUUGAAAAUAAGAGUUUUGGAAAACGAAGUUACUGUAUGGCUGGCGCUUAUUAACACUUUGACUGAUGGAAUUCCUUUAGAUUUUGACGAUCAGACAUUCGCAAUACUUAAUGGAAAACAUAUUAAAUAUCGUAUGACAUCCAAAGAAAUUACUGUGGGCAGAUCAUCGAAGGAUCGUUGCGUGGAUGUUGAUUUAUCUUCUAUGGGUCCCGCUAAAAAAGUCUCAAGACGACAAGCAACAAUUCGAAUGAAAAAUAAUGGAGAUUUUUUCUUGUCUUCAGAGGGAAAACGUCCAAUUUUCGUCAAUGGCAGACCUAUUCUCCCCGGUAAUAAAAUCAAACUCCAGAAUAACAGUGUCAUUGAGGUUGCAAGUUUUCAAUUUGUCUUCCUCAUAAAUUUGGAUUUGAUACCAGAAAUUCGAAAUCAGUCGGAAAAAAAAUUGCAGUACGAGUUGAAACCGCAGAAACCGAGGAAACGAAAUAAUGAUUUUUUCAACUGUACCAUCGAGAAGAGUCAUUCAUUGUUGGCACCAUAAUUCUUCAGUAAAUCGGCGUUCGGCCUUUCAAAUAAUUUCAUCUGCCCGAAAUUGUUAUCAUCACACAGAUAUUCUACCGAAUUGUUAAAAGUUCAAUUACAUUUUACUGUGCACCUUUCCAUAUUAAUUUUCCGUAUAAAACUACAUAUUGUAAAUAAACAAAUUAUUUUGU